AUGGCUCAGGGAAUGCUCUACACUGACCUGAGGUUUGCCAAAGGGCCAGGGCGCAAUGGCACAGCCAGCCAGGCACUAGAGGCAUCCCUUAGUAUAGAUGAGGCUGAGAGUCCUCAUGAGAACAUUGCACAGGAGCUGAUGCCUGUGGGGACAGGGGAAGGGGCCUGGCACAGUCCAGGGUGCUAUUCCCACCGGUGCUGUGUCCCUGUGGGGCUGCUGGGUGUCAGCCUGCUGCUGGUGGUGGCCACCAUGGUGCUAGGGGCCUGCUACUGGCAGGUGACUCGUCAGCUACAGGACACAUCCAUGGAGCAAGUGGCCGAGCGUGGCCACUUAUCACAGGAGGUGCAAAUGUGGAACCAGAGCCUGGAGCAGAUGUGGCAGUAGCUGGCACAAGUGCGAAAGAAGCUGCAGCAAGCAUGGCAACAUCAGCAGGAGCUGGGCAGGUGGGAGGCUGAGCUGGUGAAUGUCUCACGGGCCCUGGCUGCAACCCAGAAGGAGCUGAACAGCGUGCAGGGAAGGCUGAAUGCUAAUGAGAGCACCGUGACCCUGCUGCGCUCCUGCACGGCUAUAGACUGCUGCCACUCUGGCUGGCUGCUAUACCAGGCAAAGUGCCUCUUCUUCUCAACGGAUAAGAAGACGUGGGGUGACAACAGAGCAGAGCGUGAGGAGAAAUACUCUCAGCUCCUGAUCACCAAAUCCUGGAGUCACUGGAGACUGUGCCAGUAG